UCGACAUCCCCAGUGGGAGGUUUCUGGAUCCAGACCGUCGAAUUAAACAAGCAGCAACAAGCCCUAGUAGUGAGGACGCGAAAACAGCACCCUGGAAACGAAUCAUGUGAGUGAUUCCGUUUGAUCACGCUUGAACAUAUUUCCCUUCCAUGCUGCAAAGGCUUUGGAACAAUGAGGCAGUCUUCGAAAGCAGAGCGUGAUCGACAGAAUCUAGACCCGGUCCCGGUAUUUCCGCUGACGCUGCAUAGAGAAAUCAGGGGCUUGUCAAAGAAACUUAUCGACGAGCACGAAACUUGGACAAAAUCCAUUGACGAACACGAGACAUGGACUGGUAAUUUUCGAGAUCCCUGGAAUGAGGCUUUACCUGUGGUCAAUCCUAUAUGUCCUUUCUUGACUAACCGAAUAGACGAGACAAACUACAGCCAGCAGGGUUACACCGGGAUGAGGACGGUUCAGGAAGCUCUAAAGCACCACCAACAAUGCUGGCGGCGACCACCACCUAGCGAUGACAACUUAUGUUUUCAUGUUACGUUUUACGAAUUGGUAGAUCUCACGCAUGAUGACGAGCUGGAGGGUGAAAUUUGGAGGUCUGGUAAGCUCCACAGCGACAACCCCGAUGAGCUGGAGGCUUUGUACGGCAUCAGAACCCGUCGAAUCCGAGAGAGUGCUUGUACUAUUGUGGUGGUUCCAGAUCCAGCAGCGUCCCAAUUCUGGACCAUGCUGUACAUGUGCCCAAAUGGCUUCGAAUUAUAUGAUAAAAGCAAUGAGUUCGAGCAUUACGAUAUGGUAUUGAGUGCAAUCAAGGGUCGAGAUGCAGAAGGUGCUCUUGAGGCAAUGGUAGGAUUUUCAAUCCGUAUGGUUCUCCAGCGAUGGGAGAAGAUCUUGGAAUAUUUUACGUGGCUUCUGGGUCACAGAGAUUCGCUUUCGGAUCCGGAUGCCCACGAUAGCUUGCUUUUCGACGACGACUCGUUUUCAAGAUCACGCAGAUAUUUCUGGGCUAUCAACUACUUAGCGGAAUUGGAUAUCAGCAUUUCUCGAAACAUCAUUCAAUUGGAUAGAUUUAUUGGAGAGGACUCACCUAACAAGUCGAUUCGCGAACAGCUGAACCAAUUGCAACAUCUACGAGAGCGGAUCCUUGGUCAAAGAGAUGAAGCGAUUGCAUUGCGGGACGGGCUAUUCAGUGCGAGCGGGGUAAUGGAGAGCAGAGCAUCGACAAGACUCAACGAAAACAUCAAACUCCUUACAUUCUCCGUAUGGAGCGUCAACAAUACUAUUUUUAGCCUCAAAGCUCUCAUCAUAGUCGCCACCCUCGUCGGACUCAGCACAUAUCUCCUAGUCUUCAAUCUCAACAACGUCGUCGAACUCUGCAGUCGGGUCUACAGAAAGCGCAAGCUCCUGCUCAUUGAGCUGAUGCAAAAAGACCUCGACAAGAAAUGGAAAGAAACAGGUCAAAAGUUCACCAGCUUUCAGCCAAAACAGGAGAAACGCAAACCCUCAGAAUGGAUGUUAGGCCUCUUCGUGUUGCACAAAGCCUUCGGCCGCUUUCAAUUUAUCAAAAGGCUUUCGGAGGAGGAGAAGCAGGAGAAAAUCCGUUCGAACAAGGAGGGAAGUAUGCCCUAUUGGCCAGAUCUCCCGUUGCCUGAGGAGCUUGCACAGUCGACGGAUUUAGCAAAAGUCCAAAGCGCGGGUGCGGGCGAAGUCAGGAAGAAGCCUUCGAUUCGAGACAGAUUUGCAAGGCUGAGUAUGGUGUUUAGAAGAGGUGCUGUCUCGCCAGGAACCACAGCAAAUGUUUGAAUCAGCGAGUCCUUAUCCGCAACAGAUAGAAACGUGUGGACGUUCGAUCUGAUUGCAAACUUAAUACGUAGACAACGGCAUAAAGUAAUGGGAACAUGGGGUCUCAGUUUUAUCUCCUAUAGUAGUAUUCCGGUCCCUAUAAGCCCUAUAAGGGU